CUGGACGUUCUUCUGUCUUGAAAAAAAAAAAAAUUGAAAAGAUAAAAUUCCUUGUACAAAAUUGUCAUAUUAAUUUCAUCAAACAAUUGAUAAAUAUAUUAUUGCUUAAAAAUUGAUUCAUCAACAAUGGAAUUAAAACCAGCAGUUGAAUUUGCAAAUUGUUCAUCAAGACGAUCACCAGUACCACUUUUUGGUGAAAGUAAACCAACUUUUGCAUCAACACCAUUAAAUCCAAUAAAUUCACCAAUAUUUGAUUCAAAAUUUUCAAAUAAAUCAACUCAUCAACCUUUUAUAUCAACUACCACUGCAAAUUUAACAAAUGAAAAUCCAAAUUCUUCAUCAACACAUAUAUUUUUUGAAUCAUCAAAAAAAAGAUCAUCAACAACAAAUUUAUUUGAUCCAACUUAUGGAUCACCUGCUAAAGAAUCAUUUUCAAUGACUUCAAAUACAUUUGUUCCAUCAAAUAUUGACAACUCACUACCAACAGUACCAGGUUUUGGUGAUUUUUGUUUUUCAAAAUAUUUAAAUUCAACUGAUUCUGUACCAUGGCGUAUUUCUCCAACCGUAACAUCACCAGAGUUUCAAUAUCUUUGGAAUGGUUCAUCAACAAGAUACACAUCAACUGCUUCAUCAUCAAAAUUUGCAUCAACAAAUAAUUCAAAGCUAAAUACAGCAACUGUUGCCACGAAUACACCAGUUAUAUCAAGUAAACUUACACCAUCAAUAAAAACAAAUGAUGAUGCUGUUGUUGAUAAUGUUGAUAAUAAUGAUGAUAAUGAUACUAACAACACCCAAAAAACAUCAACAAUUAUUGAGCCAAAACUUUGGUGUGAGACUGAUACAAUUAUUAAACAAGAAAGUUACAUUUGGUCAAUUAAAAAUUUUAAAUAUCGUAUUGAAAAUGAUGGACAACAUCUUGAGUCAUCAAUAUUUACAUCUGAUAAUGAAGAAAAAUAUAAUUGGCGUAUUGAUUUAUCAUCAAAUUAUCGUUAUGAUGCUGGUGCUGCUAUGUUAACAUUAAAAGUACAUUUAAUUGAUUAUAAAAAAUCAGCAAAUAAUUCAAAACGUGUUACAAUAUCAUUAUCAAUUUUAAAUAAUGAUAAUAAAAACCCAAAGGAUGGAAUACCAGAUGAUGGAUAUCAAAAUUUGCAAAAAUGA